UGCGUUCGCCCCUGCACUCGGUCCAUUCAGGCGGGAUUAAAGUCACUGCCGACAGCAGCAGGAUUCGACGUUUGGAUGCUGCGCGUGUCGGGUAACGUCCACUGAGGAUUUUUCCACCCGCGGCUCGUCCCACGUCUCCACCUGCGUAAGAUGCUCGGCCGCUAAUGGGCUGCGGGACAGUAUGAGAUUUGGUGUCGGAGUCGUCCCGCAGCCCGACGCCGCUGGCCUGCGCUCGGUGGCGCGGCCGCCAGGUUCGGGGGCUGACGCUGGUCGGCUCCCACCGAGGAUGCGUUCACUGACGCCACAGGAGGACCAUAAACAAUGAAGCCCCGUCGCGUUCCGUCUCUGGGUUUGGAUUUUCAGCGGCACCAGCUCCCGUGGAAAACACGGAGACACGCGCUGCACAAGAAGAAGGAGGAGACGCACAGUUGUCUCCUUUAAAUCGACCUGAGCACGUUUCGUCUUGGCUCAUUUUCCCUUCGACGGUGCGGGACGAGCAGCUGAGCAGGCUCUUGCAGAGGAUCCGGACGUGACGCGACAUAAUAGACAAACCCAACGAGCCCGUUCGACAUGCGGCGAUGUGGAUGGGAGCGGUUCCGUUGAGGUGCACGGACGCAACCACGAAGACGAACGCGCAGCCGGCCGGUGGCGUGGCGGCUCCGGGGCCCGGAGCAGCGGCGGGAUGGGGGGAGUGGGGGAGGCAUUCGAGAUGGCCAAUGGAAACGAGAGCAGCCGGGGGCCCGCGGGCCCCGUGGCGGCCGCCGGGCCCCCUGCGGGCGGCCUGGUCGCGGAGAGCACCGCGCCGGCCGUGUCCACGUAUAUCAAGCUGGUGCUGCUGGGCCUGAUCAUCUGCAUCAGCCUCGUUGGCAACCUGGUGGUGUCUCUGCUGGUGCUGCGGGACAGAGCCCUGCACAAGGCCCCGUAUUACUUCCUGCUGGACCUGUGCCUGGCGGACACCAUUCGCUCGGCCAUCUGCUUCCCGUUUGUGCUGGUGUCCAUCAAGAACGGCUCGGCCUGGACCUACAGCGUUCUGAGCUGCAAGGUGGUGGCCUUCAUGGCGGUGCUCUUCUGCUUCCACGCCGCCUUCAUGCUCUUCUGCAUCAGCGUCACGCGCUACAUGGCCAUUGCUCACCACCGCUUCUACUCCAAGCGCAUGACGUUCUGGACGUGCGUGGCCGUGGUGUGCAUGGUGUGGACGCUGUCGGUGGCCAUGGCCUUUCCACCCGUGUUUGACGUGGGCACCUACAAGUUCAUCCGGGAGGAGGACCAGUGCAUCUUCGAGCAUCGCUACUUCAAGGCCAACGAUACGCUGGGCUUCAUGCUGAUGCUGGCAGUGCUCAUCCUCGCCACGCACGUCGUCUACAUGAAGUUACUGCUCUUUGAGUACAAGCACCGGAAAAUGAAGCCGGUCCAGAUGGUACCGGCUAUCAGCCAGAACUGGACCUUCCACGGGCCAGGUGCUACCGGCCAAGCUGCAGCCAACUGGAUCGCCGGCUUCGGCAGGGGCCCGAUGCCGCCGACUCUGCUGGGAAUCCGGCAGAACUUGCACAACCAGAACCGGCGCCUCUUAGGCAUGGACGAGUUCAAGGCGGAGAAGCAGCUGGGCAGGAUGUUCUACGUGAUCACGCUGCUCUUCUUGGUGCUCUGGUCUCCCUAUAUAGUGGCUUGCUAUUGGAGGGUGUUUGUGAAGGCCUGCACAGUACCGCACCGGUACCUGUCCACCACCGUGUGGAUGAGCUUCGCCCAAGCUGGCGUCAACCCCAUUGUCUGCUUCUUCCUCAACAAAGACUUGAAGAAAGGGCUCCUCUCCCACCUACCAGCCUGCUGCAGGACUAAACCUCAUUUGCCACGAGAGCCUUAUUGUGUCAUGUAAACAGAGGAGAUGAUGAUGAUGAUGAUGAGGAUGUACACAUUGAGAAAAGGUGUUUAUGUUUGAGCUUUUUCAUUGCAGGUAGUGUAAACUAGUGAAGGUAAUGGUAAUCAGACGGAAAUGUUUUGCAUGUGUCCCAUCGUCCGUCCUUGUCUGCCUGGACUGCAAACACACUUAGACCCUGACGGUCACAAAACGCUUGAGUUCCUCCGCCUCUGGAGGCUGGAACGGAGAACGUUGGUUUGCUGUUACUCGUUUCAGGCUGCAUUGGAAACGUUGCUAAAGCCAGAUAAUGUGAAUGUGUAGUACCAGAGGGGAGGAUACACUAAACAACAAGGACCUGUGAUUAAUGUUGUGGUUCUGAAGCUCCGUCCAAAGACUCCAACAUCAAGGUUUUGUUAUCAAAGAUCAAAAUAAUGAAGUAGAGCCUGGAAAUGAUUUUACAAAUCUCUACUAGAAAGAACAACUGCAGCAUACGAUCUUGAAUACGAUGCUGGUACCGGAGAAAUGGUUCCAGACGCUGAAUGAUGUAGUGAUGGAGCCCGUCCUUUUCCAGAACUGUGUGACCCAGUUCAACCGUGUGACUCGCUCGUGUGUUUGAACAGUUUCAGAGCAGCUGAGCUGAAGAGGAAGGUGAAACUAGGUUGGUCUGGUUUCACAGUGACUUACAGUGAGUGGAGACAGUUGGUUGUGGCUUUGAGUCUUUUUAUUAAUAACCAAACUCUAGAAAACAACCCGAUCAGCUCAGUUGAUAAUAAACAGGUUGUUGAGUCUGAACGUACAUUAAACAGGUAAAUGUUGACGAAACAGCUAUGUUCUACUUCCUGCUGGUUUUCCCUUUUCAUUUUUUGUCUCUCCAUUUUGUGAUUCCUUCCAAACAACCAACACGUCAUGUGGAUGUUCUGUUAAGGACAGUGUAAGUGUCCAGCAGUUCUCCAGCAGCUUCCGCUGUAGGUUUACCAUAACUAAGCUGACGGUGACCCAUCGUCCUGUACAUCUGCUUACAGACGAGGGUCCAGUGGUUGAACUGGGUCCCAGUAAAAACGUCUCGUUGCUGCUGGUUCUGGAAAAGCAGACGGCAGCUUCCUGUGGUUCUCCUUCAGAGCUGCAUGCGACUGAACCUCCCUCCUUUUUCCUGAACAUGUUCAAAGUUUGACAGAAGUAUUUCAGACAAAUAAAUCAGAAAACUGCAUUUUACUGACUAACGUUUGGGAGGAAGUGUCUAAAAGCUCUUAAUGACCUUUCAGUUUGAUUCAGAUCUAUACUUUGAAUGUUCAGCCGGAGCCUCGUGCUCUUUUCUCCGGCGUACGUUUAAGUAGCCGAAGCUUGUUUUACAUCAUGUACAUUCGCAGGCUGUAUUAUAGUGUCACUGCACUUUUAAGUGAUGGGUUAUGGCGCCUCUAGUUUCUGUAAUGUUCUUUAUGUGAAAUGUUUCACCACAGAGAAACUCUGUUGUGCAUCAGUUGGCGGAAGUGAAACAAACACUGCAGAGUCAAUGGAAGUGAAGACGUGUGAGGAACAGAAGAAGUCUAGAGAUGAGUUUUUGUCUCCACUGAUAUUCGGCUCUAACUGAAAUUACAUUGUGUUCAUCAUCACACUGAAUGAUCCUGAAACUAAAUGACAGGGCACAGAGAUUGUAACUGAUGAGUGAAUGUCUGACAGCAUGACGUGGUCCCAAAGCUGAGAUGGGCGAGGAAGGAGGACGCCAUCGAGAACAUCUGGUCUGACUUAUGGCCUUACUCCAUUAAAAACGUCCAAACAAUGCCACAAAGAGGAGAAAAGAACAGACUUGUGCUGCAGCAGCUGUUUUCCUGUGGAGAGAAGCCUGGGAAGACGUCUGAGCUUUUAUUUACAGAGGAGGAAAGUUUCAACUGUUUGCGUGAGAGACGUGACGCUGCCGAUACUUCCUUAUUGUUUCCCAUGUGGACAGUUUUUGACACAAAGGUCUGAAUGUUUUCGAACACUCACUGUAACUGUCUGUGUUACAGCUGUGGAGUUAUUCUGGAGUUUUGUAUAUAUUUAUGACCAAUGAAGUUAAAAAUGCUUGAGAUAAAGUGUUGAGACAUGACCAGACGCAAA